AUGACUGUGAUGAUGUACGACGCCAUCAACGAGGCGCGCGGCGCGCACGCGCAGUACACCCUGCGGCUGAUGCUUGUCACAACCCUGGUGGUGUGGAGCCUGUUCCCCUGCGUGUGGGGCCUGACCCACCUGGGCUUCCUGUCGCCGGCCGCUGAGCACACGCUGUGGGGGGUGGCGGACUACAGCGCAAAGGUGGUGUUCAGCAGCCACCUGUGGCAGAAGAACUUUGUCACGAUCGAGCAGCGCAAGGCUGACGCGCAGCGCGCCCUGGACGAGGCCAACCGCCUGCUGAUAGUUGAGCGCCUGAAGGAGCUGCUGACGGUGAAGGAGCGCCUCGUGCACUCCCUCACCCACGAGCUGCGCACACCCAUCAACGGCAUCGUCGCCCUGACCAACGAGCUGCUGCACAACAGCUGCCAGUCCGCCGCCGGCCGCCAGAAGAUGCUGGCCAUGAUUCGCUCCAGCGCGGGCUGCCUGCUCAACAUCAUUAACGCCACACUGGACAACGCGGCUGUGUCGACCGGGACGCUCAAGCUCGGGAACUACAAGGUCAACCUGUGGCGCGUGACCGAGUGCGUGGUGCGCCUGACGCGCCCCCUGCUCAAGGACAACGUGCAGCUGCUCAACUGCGUCGAUAGGGACCUGCCCCCCGUCCAGACGGACAGCACGCGGCUCAUGCAGGUGCUGUUCAACCUCGUGGGCAACGCGUCGCGAUUCACAAAGUCGGGGUCUGUCAAGAUAUCCGCCACAGCGACCUGCGACAAGGCCCUCAUCUCCGUCGCAGACACCGGCGUGGGCAUCUCCCCGGAGCGCCUGCCGCACAUAUUCAAACCCUUCGACCAGGCGCGCUUACGCACGGCGGUCAUGCAAGGGUCGCCGUGGGGCUCGCCCCCGCGGCUGGCAGGGGGCCGCGGGGGCGGCGGCGUCUUGGGGCCGCGCUUGCGGGGCGCCGCGGGCUCCCAGGCCGGCGGCACGGGCCUGGGGCUGUACCUCGUGAAACAGUGCCUCGACGCCAUGGGCUGCACCAUCAGCGCCACCAGCACUGUCGGCCAGGGCACAACCUUCACCUUUGAGCUGCCCCUCGCUGACGAGGACGCCGAGUCCGAGGACAGCGGCGACGCGGACGCGCUCGGCGCCGCCAUCGCCACCGCCAGCGCAAGCGGCCGCAGCAGCCUGGAGAGCAACGGCUGGGGCGACGCCGCGUCGCACGCGGCGGCGGCGGCCGCGCGCGGUGGCGGCGCGCUGCGGGGCAGCAUCGACCUCGGGCGGCUGGCGGCGGCGCUGCGGCGGCGGCUGUCGCUGUCGCAGCAGCUGCCGGCACCCUCCCGUUAG